AUGGACUCGCAGCAGCGCCCGCCUGCAUUCUUCCAGCCGCCGCCGCCUGUCGCGGCUGGGCGGCCCGAAGGAGGCGGCAUUCGCGCGCUGGGCGUGCACACCAACCCGCUGUACAGCUCGCAGGCAGCCGUUGCCACCACGCCCGAGGGCGGCCGGCUGCCUCCCGCUGGCGGCUCCAAGCGCUUGGAUGUCGAGAAUGCCGGCUCUGCAGGCCCCGCCCGCAACCUGGCCACAGAGGCCAGCGCCUCGGUGUCGCCUGAGAUGCAGCCCCAGCUGCGCGGCAUGCAGCAGCAGCCGCAGGCCAACAUCAAUUCCAUGCUGCCCACGCCGCCGCCGCCGCCGCGCGCAGGCUGGCCGCCCAUGCCGCCGCCGUCGCAGCAGCAGCCGCUGGCGGGGCAGGCGCUGGAGAGCGCCGGCAGCCAGGGGCAGGAGGCUGCGGCAACAGACGGCGGCUGGGGCGCAUCCGAGUCGCCAUCGCUCCCCGAGCAGCCUCCCGCCGAGGUGCAGCCUGAAGAGCAGCCGCAGCCUGGGGAGGAGGCGCCCCAGCAGCUUCAGGGGGAGCAGCAGCCGCAGGACGGCUAUGAGCAGUGGCAGCCGCAGGAGGAGGCCCAGCAGGCGGAGCCGGAGGAGCAGCAGGAGGGCUAUGGGGGCGAGCAGGCAGCCGCAGAGGGCGGCGAGCAGUAUGGCGAGGGGUAUGGUGGUGUGGAGGGCGGCGAGCAGUAUGCGCAGCAGGGCGGCGAGGAGGGCUACCAGCAGCAGGGCUACAUCCUGGGAGAGGAUGGGUUCUACUACCAGCUGGGCGAGGAUGGGCAGUACUACCCGUACCAGGGCGAGCAGUACACAGAGGAGCAGUACGCAGCCGACGGCUACGGCGCUGAGGGCGCUGAGCAGCAGCAGUAUGCGGCGGAGCAGUAUGCGGCGGACGGCUAUGCCUAUGGUGCAGACGGCGCCCAAGGCGCAGCCGCCUAUGGCGGAGAGGAGGCCGGCGCCGUGGGUGCAGCAGAGCAGGACUUGGGCCACGCUGCUGCAGACGGCUGGGCCGGGCAGGAGCACGAGGGUGCAGCCAAUGGGAUUGCCGAUGCGGCAGAUGUGGCGCCUGCCCCCGGCAGCCUGCCACCACCGCCAUCUGCCCUGCCGCUCUCCUCGCUGCCCCCUCCUCCCGGGGCCCUGCCGCCCCCACCAGGCGCCCUGCCGCCUCCUCCCGGGGCCCUGCCGCCGCCGCCGCCGGCAGGCCUGCCUCCCCUCAAGCUGCCUCCCCCUCCCGGCAGCACUUCCUCGCCCAUCAAGGCAGUGCAUGCCACCGCCGGCCACCCCCCAGGGCUGCCGCCGCCCGCUGAGAUCAAGGCUCACGCCGGAGGCCUGUCCCUGCCGCCGCCGCCGGCUGAGCCAGCAGCAGCGGAGCCAGCGGUGGCAGAGGCGGCAGCAGCAGCAGCAGCAGGUGCUGGGGAGCCGGCAGCUGGCGGGCCGCCCACGUCGCGGCCGCCCUCGGCCCUGACCUCACCACAGCAGCAGCCAUGGGAGCGCCAGGCGUCUGCGUCGCGCAUCCCUCACCCCACCUGGGCGCCGCCACCUGGCCGGCUGCCGGAUGCCAGCACGUCGUCGCUGCCCCCCAUGUCAGCGCUGGGUGCGCCUGGCAUGGAGGCACCUCCCCGUGCGUCGCUGGACCAGCAGGCGCGCCUGCCUCCGCCGCCGAUGAUGGGACCGAGGCUGGGCACCCCCAACCCAUCCGCAACCCUGCUGCCGCCGCUGCCGUCCUUUGGGGCGGCCCCCGCGGCGGGCGCAGGGGAGGCGCUGCCAGCUGGCGACGGUACCGGCGGCGAGGCGCUCGCCUCGCAGCUUGGCCGCCCCGGCAGCUUUGGCGGCAGGAGCGCCAGCAGCGAGGCGGCGCCGCCAGCAGCCCACCUGGGCCGCCCCACCAGCUUUGGCAGCGGGGCAAGCAGGGAGGCGCCGCCGCUGGGCCCGGCCCUCGGCCACCCCGCCAGCUUCAGCAGCAGCGCCGGCGCGGAGUCGCUCCUGCCGCGGCCCCCGCUGGGCCGCCCCGCCAGCUUUGGCAGCGGGCCCAGCCGGGUGGCCUUUGUGCCGCAGCAGGCGGCAGCGGUCCCCGGCUUUGAGCCGCAGCAGCCCAGCUCGGCACGCAGCGCGGCGGCUGCCCCGACCCCCUUCCAGCAGCCUGCCGGGCCGGGGCCCUACGGCGCAGCCGAGCCGCCGCAGCUGAGCAGCAGCCUGCCGCCGCGUGGGCCCUCCCACGGCUUCCACAGCUCAGGCAGCCUGGCAUCAGAUGCCGGCAAGCCGCCCGUGGCGCCAGCAGGGUCCGGCGGCCCCUUCUCUCCCCGCACGGCAGCCUUCAUGCCCGCCGCCCCCAAGGCAGCGAUGCCCGCAGGCGGCACGUUUGCGCCGCCCAGGCCGCCGCCCUCCCCCAGCUUCCGCGAUGCCGACGGCUUGGCGGAGCAGGGCGGGCCCGCCUUGUUCAAGCCAGCCAUAGUGCCUCCCCCCGCGGCGCCCGCCAUGCAAGCCACAGCCGCGCCCUCUCAAGGCCGCCGCAAGCGGCGGCGCGUGUGCGGCUGGCUGCUGCCGCUGGUGGUGGUGUGGCUGGUGGUGGGGGCCUGCAUGGGCGCCGCCGGCCUGGUGGUGUCGGUCACCGCGGCCGCCAACCUGAUGCACGCGGGCCUCACCACCCUCUCCCACUUCUCCUGGGGCCAGGGCGAUCUGACGGAGGCGACCAGCGGUGGCGCGCCCGGCCUGCGCCAGUCCCUGCUGGACGCACACGCUGGCGGCGGCCGCUUGCCGCUGCUGCUGUCGUGGGAGCCUGCCUGGCAGCGGUUUGACGCCUACAUGGCCGACACCUCCGCGCAGCAGUGGGCGGCGGUGCUGGAGGCGGUGCAGUGCGACGAGCAGGGGCAGUGGUGCAAGUACAAGAGCUGGGCGCUGCACUCGGCCCGCCUGGCGGCCGCCGUCUUCCGCGACGCGGCCGUGGGCGGGGUGCGGCUGGCGCGCACGGCGCACGCCUGGCUGCCGCAGGCCUGGGCCGCCACCGUGCCGCCCGCCGCGGGCUUUGCGCGGCAGCAGGCCUCGCUGCUGCGCCAGCAGCUGCGGCUGGCGGGCAGCGCGGAGGAGGGGGAGGAGGAGGCGGUGGCAGGGGAGACCGAAGUGGAGGAGGCGGGCACGGCGCCUGAUGACGAGGCUGGCGAGCCGCCGUAUGAGGAGCAGCAGGAGGAAGGGGAGGAUGGGGAGCUGCCGCCGCUGGAGGAGCAGGUGGAGGAAGGCGAGGAGGCGCCCCCUGAGGAGCAGGAGGAUGAUGGGGAGCUGCCGCCGCUGGAGGAGCAGCCCGAGGAGGAGGGCGAGCAGCAGGAAGGCGAGGAGGGCGAGGAGCAUCAGGCGGAGGAAGGAGAGGAGCCGCCGGCAGAAGGAGAGGGCGAGGAGCCGCCUGCAGAUGGGGAGGGCGAGGAGCUGCCAGCUGAGGAGGGCAAGGAGCCGCCUGCAGAUGGGGAGGGCGAGGAGCUGCCAGCUGAGGAGGGCAAGGAGCAGCCUGCAGAUGGGGAGGGCGAGGAGCAGCCAGCUGAGGAGGGCGAGGAGCAGCCGGCAGAUGGGGAGGGCGAGGAGCAGCCAGCUGAGGAGGGUGAGGAGCAGCAGGCCCCCGAAAUGGCUGAGGAGGGCGAGCUGCCACCCGUCGAGGAGGGUGAGCAGCCAGCCGCCGAAGAGGGGGAGCGGCAGCCAGUGGAGGGGGCAGAGGCGGCGGCCCAGCAGCAGCCUGCUGGCACAGCAGGCGGCGACGAGGCGGCGCCGGGUGGAGCGCCGCUGUCGUCUGACCUGGCGGGGCUGCGUGCGCACCUGACGGAGGAGGAGCUUGGUGUGUUGCGGGAGGAGCUGAGCGAUGCUGACCUGCUGGAGCUGGAUGCGCAGUACCGGCAGCAAGGGCCGGGGCUGCAGGCCGAGCCUGCCGCAGCUGCAGGCGCUGGCCAGGCGGCUGCUGGUAAGGACAAGGCGCCCGCGGCGCCCGCUGCUGAGGAGGAGCCUGCUGCGGCCAGGGCCGCUGCUGAGGAGGCCGCCGCUGCCGCAGCGGCGGCUGCAAAGGAGGAGGCAUCGGCUGCCGAGGCGGCAGCGGCAAAGGAGGCCGAGGCGGCAGCCGAGGUGGCCGCCGCCAAGCAGGCAGCGGCAGCUGCUGCGGCUGCACAAGAGGGGGCAGAGACGGCAGCGGCAGCAGCGGCAGCACAGGAGUCGGCAGCAAAGGAAGCAGCGGCUGAGGCCGCAGCUGCCAUGGAGGCUGCAGCGGCGGAGCAGGCAGAGGUGCCACAGGCGGCCACCGUAAAUGUGUCAGAGACUGCCACCAGUGCAGCAGCGGAGGUGGAGCUAGGCACGCAGCAGGAGCUUGCAAGUAAGCCAGGAGAGGCGACACCCGCCGCAGCAGCAGCAGAAACGGCGCCCAAGGAGCAGGAGGCUGCAGGUGAUGCCGAGGUGCCCGCUGACGAGCAGGCAGGCGAGGCACCUACAAACGCCACCGCCGGCGGCCAGGCAGGCGAGCCAGCUGCAGACGCAGCCGCUGACCAGGAGGCUGCCGAGGCCGCGGUGGCUGCAGCUGCGGCCAGUCAGGCUGCUGAGGCUGCAGCUAGGGCGGUCGCUGAGGCGGCCGCAGCAGGCGAGGUGGCCACCGGGCUGCCUGGUGGCGAGCAGGGCGACGAGGAGUUUUACUGGGAGUCACUGUCGGUGCUGGAGGAGCAGGAGGAGGCGGCGGCGGCUGGGCAGGUGGAUGGGCAGGAGGCGGCGGCGCAGGCAGAGGCGCAGCCGGAGCAGCGGCAGCCGGCUAAUGCCCCUGCGGAAGAGUCGCAGCAGUCGCAGGAGGAGCGGCAGCAGGCAGAGGAGGAGGCCAAGGCAGUGCCGGCAGCCGAGGCCGCGGCGCCUGCCGCUGAGCAGCCCCUGGCAGCGCCAGCCGAAGUGGCACCUGAGCCCACGCAGCCGCUGGCUGGCUCCAGCCCUACCCUAGGUGCCCGCAUUGGAGCCGCCAUCGAUGGCACCGUGGCAGCCCUCUCCACACUAGUAGCUGCAGCUCUGCAGCCCACCGUGGCGGUGGCGGCGGCCGCAGUGGCACUGGCGUCUGGUGCGCUAGCGCUGCACCCGCGCCUGACGGCACAGGCGGGCGAAGCAGCCGCUCCCGCAGCCGAGCCCGAGGUGCCGGCGCCCCAGACCGACCGUGCCGCACGCGCCUCCCGUGGGCGCACCCCGGCCACCGCCAAGGCUGUGCGUCGAGCGGCGGCGGAGCAGCAGCAGGAGGCGGAGGAGGCGGAGCCGCAGGCAGCUCGGGGCCGGCGGCGGCGCGCCGCUGAGAGCAGCGAUUCCGAGGCUGAGGGCGAUGGCGAGGGGAGCAGCGGGGAGGAGCAGGGCAGCGUGCUGGGCAGCAUCCUUCGCACCGCACAGAAGGUGGUGGGGCGGGCGGGCAGGCGCAGCGGCGAGGCGGAGGGCGCGGGCGCUGAGCAGGAGGACGAUGAUGUGGUGGGCCCCAGCCGCGCCCGCACCGCCCGCAAGUCCACCGCCGGCGGCGAGGCCGGCACCUCCAGGCGCCGCCAGUCCACGCGCACGCCAGCGGUGCCGCGGGCGGCGGCCGAGGAGGAGGCGGCAGCGGCGUACAAGUCGGAUGGGGCUGGCCUCAAGUCGCGUGGCACGGCCCCCGCACUGGCCAGGGGCCGGAAGAGCGCAGCAGCUGCUGCCGCGGCGGGCGAGGAGGCUGGCGGGUGCACGCCUCGUGCCGCCACCGCCAAGAAGGGCACCAGCAGGCAAGCCGCAGCAUGA